ACACUUCUUCCCCCCACCUUUCGGACGCCACGAGCUAUUCACGAAGGAUAUUUCUUUGGAAACAUCCGGACUAGCUGGCUUCUUUUUAAUCUUCCCCCGAGACAACGUAAACGUCCACCGCCAAAAUGCAGGCCCCGGUGGUGGUGAUGAACACCAAUUCUGGUGAGAGACAGGUUGGUCGUCAAGCACAGCUUUCGAACAUCGCUGCCGCGAAGACUGUUGCGGACAUCAUUCGAUCAUGUCUUGGACCCAAGGCCAUGCUGAAGAUGCUUUUGGAUCCCAUGGGUGGUAUUGUCUUGACCAACGAUGGUCAUGCAAUCCUGCGAGAGAUUGAAGUGUCGCACCCCGCAGCAAAGAGCAUGAUCGAGCUCAGCCGUACGCAGGAUGAGGAGGUUGGAGACGGUACCACGACCGUCAUCAUUCUCGCCGGUGAGAUGCUCGCACAGGCUCUUCCUCAACUCGAACGUAACAUUCACCCGGUUGUCAUCAUCUCGGCUUUCAAGCGCGCGCUCGCGGAUGCUCUUGCUAUCGUGGAGGAAGUGUCGGUACCAGUGGAUAUUCACGAUGACAAGUCGAUGUACACUCUGAUCCAAUCGUCAAUUGGCACAAAGUUCGUCUCCAGAUGGUCGGAUCUCAUGUGCAGCCUGGCAUUGAAGGCUGUGCGGACCGUCUCCUUCGACGCCGGUGGUGGAAAGCAGGAGGUUGACAUCAAGCGGUACGCUCGUAUUGAGAAGAUCCCCGGCGGUCAGAUCGAAGACAGCGAGGUCAUCGACGGUGUGAUGGUGAACAAGGAUAUUACGCACCCCAAGAUGCGGAGAAGGAUCGAAAACCCGCGUGUCGUCCUGCUCGAUUGCCCUCUGGAAUACAAGAAGGGCGAGUCGCAAACGAACAUUGAGAUCACCAAGGAGGACGACUGGAACCGAAUCUUGGAGAUCGAGGAGGAGCAGGUGAAGCGCAUGUGUGAGGCUGUCUUGGCUCUUAAGCCCGACGUUGUCAUCACCGAGAAGGGUGUUUCAGACCUUGCGCAGCACUUCCUGGUGAAGGCGAACAUCACCGCUCUCCGCCGUGUCAGGAAGACGGACAACAACCGUAUUGCCCGCGCUACCGGCGCCACCAUUGUCAACCGAGUCGAUGAUCUUCAGGAGUCGGACGUGGGCACGCAGUGUGGCCUGUUCGAAAUUGAAAAGAUCGGCGACGAAUACUUCACCUUCCUCACCAAGUGCCAGAACCCCAAGGCUUGUACCAUCCUGCUCCGUGGUCCUUCGAAGGAUAUCAUCAACGAGGUUGAACGCAACCUGCAAGACGCCAUGUCCGUUGCCAGAAACGUCAUCUUCCACCCGCGACUGUCCCCCGGUGGUGGCGCUCUCGAAAUGGCGGUUUCCGUCAAGCUGGCUCAGCUGGCCAAGUCUGUUGAGGGCGUGCAGCAAUGGCCGUACAAGGCCGUGGCCGAUGCGAUGGAGGUCAUCCCCCGGACGCUGGCCCAGAACGCAGGCGUCAGCCCCAUCCGUGUCCUUACCCGCUUGAGGGCCAAGCACGUCGAGGGCCAGACUAACUGGGGCUUGGACGGUGACUCCGGUGCCCUUGUCGAUAUGAAAGAGUAUGGCGUUUGGGAGCCCGAAGCGGUGAAGUUGCAAAGCAUUAAGACUGCGGUCGAGUCCGCGUGCUUGUUGCUUCGUGUGGAUGACAUCUGCAGCGCCAAGUCUGCCCAGCAGGCAGGCGCCCCUGUUGGCGGUGGAGAAGAGUAAGACAUAGAAAUAGUGGCUAAAAGAUCGCGUACAUAAUGCUGAACGAUUACUCUUUGGUUCUA